CACACUCGCUUUCAUUGCUCUACACUCCUUUCUCGUGCAUUAUUUGGGAACACUCGUUGUGGAUACGUCCUUCUUUUUGUUAGCGUAAUCAGACUGCGCUUCGGUCCAUAUCAUGCUUCUUCGCUGUAUCUUCAGCAUCGCAGCUCUAGCUGGCUAUGCUACUGCCUUUCCCUUCACUUCGGAUCUACGACCCAGAGCAGCCUGUGACGGAAACACUGCUACCACACGUUCAGAAUGGUGUGACUAUUCCAUUGAUGUAGACCCAUCUGACGACGUCCCCGAUACUGGGGUUACUCGUGAAUACUGGUUGGAGCUCACGGAUGUUACUGUUGCACCGGACGGCGUGUCACGCUCAGCCAUGGCUGUCAAUGGAUCCAUUCCUGGCCCAACCCUCAUUGCAGACUGGGGCGAUACUGUCGUUGUCCAUGUUACAAACUCGCUCACAACUUCAAACAACGGCACGAGCAUCCAUUUCCAUGGUAUCUGGCAGCUGAACACAAAUGACCAGGACGGUGUCAGCUCGAUCACGCAAUGUCCGACAGCCCCGGGUGAAUCGAUGACCUACACUUGGCGAGCGACGCAAUACGGUUCCUCAUGGUAUCACUCCCACUUCGCGCUUCAAGCAUGGCAAGGUGUUUUCGGCGGCAUCAUCAUCAACGGACCCGCUACCGCCAACUAUGAUGAAGAUCUAGGUGUACUAAUGCUCAAUGAUUGGGAUCAUCAGACUGUUGACGAGCUCUAUAUCACCGCCGAGACUUCUGGACCUCCAACACUAGACAACGGACUCAUCAAUGGUACGAACACGUACGAGGACGGAGGCUACCGAUUCAAUCAAUCUUUCACUUCUGGCACAUCCUACCUAUUCCGACUUGUAAAUGCCGCCGUGGAUACACACUGGAAGUUCAUGAUUGACAAUCACACCAUGACCGUGAUCGCUUCUGAUCUUGUCGCUAUCGAACCCUACGAAGCCACAGUCAUCAGUAUCGGCAUGGGCCAACGUUAUGAUAUCGUCGUAACAGCCGACCAAACCGAUGCUACUGACUUCUGGAUGCGUGCCAUCCCUCAGUCAGCCUGCUCCGAAAACGAUAAUGAAGAUGACAUCCGUGGCAUCAUUUAUUAUGGAGACGCACCCGGUACCCCCACUACUUCGGCCUACGACUACGAGGACAGCUGCUCCGACGAGACCGACAACAUCGUGCCAUAUGUCUCCAAGACCGUUGGUUCCACAGCUGGUGCCACAGCUGACGAGCCUGUCGCCGUUGGGUUUAACAGCGACAAUCUCUUCAAAUGGACGUUGAACAGCACAACCUUCGUCUCUGAAUGGGAAGAUCCCACCCUCAUGAAGAUCAUGCAAGGCGAAACGGCCUUUGAGACCUCCAACGCAGUAUUUUUGUUGCCCAAUGCCAAUGAAUGGGUCUACGUCGUCAUCUCCACGACGCUCGCUGUGCCUCAUCCAAUCCACUUGCACGGCCAUGAUUUCUACGUCAUCGCGCAGGGCACAGGUACUUAUACCGAUGGCGAGACAACUCUCAACCUUGACAAUCCGCCCCGUCGUGAUACCGCUAUGCUUCCUGCAUCCGGGUACUUGGUAUUGGCGUUCGAGACGAACAACCCCGGGGCUUGGCUGAUGCAUUGUCACAUUGGAUGGCAUACGUCUGAGGGCUUUGCGAUGCAGUUCGUCGAGCAGUACGACGCAAUUGCGGGCAUCACGAGCAAUGACACAUUGAUCAGCAACUGUGACAGUUGGACGAGUCAUACCGAAACGGUCGGUAUUGAGCAGGAUGACUCCGGUGUUUAGUUCGCGGAAUAUGUUUCUGCUGCCACCGCUAUGGCCCAAUGUGUCUGGUUUCAAAGUUAUAGCUGUCAACGGUUUUCAUGUAGUGCAGCCUGUCCUUCUAGCGCGCUUGCCUUCCAUCGUCUGAGCUAUCUCCAGUAGUGGUGAUCCUUAGCUCCAUGUGUAUACGCUCUUUUGUACCCCUAAUUGCAAUCAC